CAGCGCUUUACUCCGUACACCAUAUUGUUUUCAAUGCGUAUUAACAAUCUUCCGAUUGGACUCAUCAGUUCUAGACUUCUACUGUAUGGACAAAAUACACCAUGGAGGUCGCGAAUGCUCCGCCACCCCCGCCGGCAUUUGUUCUACCUUACUCGUUGUAGGCCGAGUCUCGACGUCUCAAAGUGUUCUGUUCUUCUCGUCACGGCCCUCAACGAUAUCGGUUAGGUGCCUUCGCAGGCUGAUGCAACGAGUACUUCGAGAGGAUACAUCUACGGGGUUGAGCUGUCAAACUGGGCGUUUCCAUAACCUAGUUGAAACACCUUGCUUCGCUGGUAUGUAUGAGCAAUCGAUAGCCCCAAUGUUCUUGAAGCCAUUGGCCUUGAUUGUGCGGGCCGCAUCCGUCUUCAUGCUUUGCUGUCUUUGGAGCGUGAUUGGCCCCGGUUUGAAUGCUUGAUAUGCGAGGAAAAGGGGGACAGGCACCCGCAAUGGAUGUCAAACGUCAGAUGGGUACCGAC